AUGCCGUACGACCUUAAAGGCAGGAACGUACUCGUCACGGGCGGCUCUGCCGGUCUCGGCGAAAUCAUCAGCAUAUCAUUCGCGAAAGAAGGCGCCAACGUUGCAGUAAAUUACUUCAACCGACUCGAGCCUGCGCAGAACGUAGUAAAGGAAUGCGAGAAGCAGGGAGUCAAGGCUGUAGCUCUGAAAGGCGACAUGUCCAACACAUCAGAAUGUAGGAGAGUCGUCGACGAGACGAUCAAGCAGCUCGGCGGCAUCGACAUCGUGAUUGCGAAUGCGGGUUGGACGCGCUUCAGCAAUUUCACCGAUCUCGAUUCCAUGUCUGAAGAUGAGUGGGACAAAUGCUGGGCCGCUAAUGUCAAAGCGCCCCUCGCCCUCCUCAAAGCGGCAAAGCCCACCUUCGAAUCCAACCCUGACGGCGGCGCCUUCAUCAGCACGGGAUCCAUCGCCGCCGUCUCCCAGUCCGGCUCUUCGAUGCCUUACGCCGUGACCAAAGCGGCGCAACUGCAGCUCAUCAAGUGCCUAGGCGCGACGCAGGGGCCCAAGAUUCGGGUGAAUACCGUGUUGCCUGGGUUGCUGUUGACGGAGUGGGGUAAGAAGUAUUCGGACGAAAAGAUUCAGUGGGCCAAGGAUACAGCUGCGCUGAAGCAUGAGACUGAUCUCCAGGAUUGUGCGGAUGCGUUCAUUAUGUUGGCGAAGAAUACGAGUAUUACGGGUGCGAGAAUCCAGGUAGAUGCAGGACUUAACGUGCAGGGGACGUAG